AUGUCUUGUCCUACCAGCGCCGGUGUCCUCCAGACUCACCAGCUCCUCAAUGACAACAGCAUCUUGAUUCGGGAUGAAAUCUACGGGGAGGAGCUGGUUUCGGAGCCAGUUCUCGUAGAGCUGCUCCAGAGCGCAGAGGUUCAGCGACUUCAGGGCAUCUGCCAACACGGAGUCACGGGAUUCUUGGGCAUCACGCCGCGUGUCACACGCCUCGAGCAUUCGGUCGGUGCAUUUAUACUCGUGCGAAGAGUCGGUGCCGCGCUCGACGAGCAAGUCGCAGCCCUGCUCCAUGACAUUUCUCACACCACUCUCAGUCAUGUCAUUGACCACGCCCUCUCCAAGCCUGGGGAGGGAAGCUACCACGAGGUGCACAAGGCGCGGUAUCUCAAGACGACGCGGCUGCCCGACAUUGUCGCCAAACACGGCAUCAGCCAGAAGGUUUUUGAAGAAGAGCUGUUUCCGCUGGUGGAGAUGCCGUCGCCUCAACUGUGCGCCGACCGCCUCGACUACGCUCUACGCGACGCCGUCAGCUUUGGCAAGCUGGCCAUGGAAGACGCACAAAAGGUUGUCUCGUCUCUCCGGGCAUUUCCGAGUGCGACAACGGCCCGGCGUCUGCUCGUCCUCGACGAUGCCGAGGUCGCUCUGACGCUGUCCCGCGCAUACACGACGACGGACAAGGAUGUCUGGUCGAACCCGGCCCACAUCGACAUGUACGAGCGGACGGGCCGCGUGAUUGGCGAGCUGGUCGAGGCCGGCUCUGUCGAGGACAAGGUGCUGUGGCAGGUCUCGGACGCCGAGUUUUGGACGAUGCUCCGCCAAGCAGCGAACCCGGAGCAGCGACGCGCCAUUGAGCGGCUGGAAACGGAGGGCGUCCCAGAGGACGACGGCCUCGAGCUGCCACACUGCGCCAAGAUCCGCACUCUUGACCCAGACGUCUGGCCGCGAGGGGAAAAGCAACCGGCGCCGCUGUCCAUUGUGUUGCCGACGUGGGGAACGGAGCGACAGCAGUACAUUCUGAGCCGCACGCAGCAUCGAUGA